CUCUGAUACAUUUCUUCUUAAUAACCUCUAGCGCUUUGACGGGCAUCUUAGUUGUUAAGCCUGUUUCAAGUAGUCAAACCUUGUCGUCUCUGUAAAGCUUUGUGAGCCCAAAAAGCAUAGAAUUAAGAGACGAUACAGAACACACUUUCGUUUUCACUGAAGUGCUUUAGGCAUUGAACGCGCUUAUCUACAGUCAACGCCCCCAUCCACAGCUGUCCUUCAUUUAAGCGGUGCCUUACAGCGUCCUUGGCUGCCCUUACUUUUGUUAUGUCUUAAUGAUGUUAUAAUCAGCCGCUGCGCUCAAGCAUCUUAGGCUGUAUGCAGCCAAUUGGAACCUCAUGCUCGCGCUGAAGCGUGGCCGCUGGGCUGUGGCGCCUGCGGCAUGGAUACGAUGAUAGUUAGAGGCUCAAAGCGCGUCGCGGAGGUUUCCCCGCUUCGCCAUAUCCGGGAGAUAGGUGCGCGCCCUCAGAGCGCCGAAAACCCAGCCUACGAAACCUAUCGUGCGCUGCCGAGCCCCCCUCACCCGUACAGCAGCUAUGACUUUACGGUGGUGGAGGAGAUAAUCAGGACAGCCGAGAGCGAUGUUGGCAAUGCGUACACGAAAGGCGAAGGUUCCGGCAUUGUUACCCUCCAAUCAGUACUACAGGCUUACGAGGUGGUUCUGCCACGUCACGGCGUCAAGCCGGAGGAGGACACUUACUACUACCGCCUGCUGCUCAAGUUGAGCCUCGACCCGGAGGAAAACUGGUGGACCAAGCUAAAAAAGGAGAAGGCAGCUAGCAAAGCCGGGCGUCUCGCCUUCGCCGCGCGGCAUGCCACCAACAUCUCCCCGCAAACCUCGCCAACUCGCACCUUCGCGCUCACCUCCUCCAGCACCCACCCGGACGACCCCUCGAGGCCUGCUCUCACGCUAGGUCUGGGCCACAGCACAGCCACUGGCGUAAGUGCCGCCACGCAAAACGCCAGGUUCAGCUUGUCCUCACCAUCCAGCAACUUGGGGGCACCUGGGUCCGCACCGUCCUACCACACAACUGCUUCCUUCGGGCCCACGCGCCAGCAGCCCCAGCAGCCAGCCCAGCUUCAGGUCCCCCGGUAUGCCGCUCGAGAGGCCGCAGCGCAGGAGGCCCGGGAAGCCGCGCAAGCAGCCAGGAACAUGGUGCGGGAGGCGGCACGUCGAGACGCGGCGCGAGCCGUGGAGGUUGGCAUGCAGCAACAAGCAGCACAGCCGGGAUGGGAAGCACCCGCAGCAGCACCGGCAGCAGCAGCCCGCAACCGGGGGAGCGCAGUCCAUGGUGCUCAUGUGGGUCAGGGGAUUGUCGCGCCGCUGCCUGAGGAGCCGCUGCUUAGGAGGCGAAGCACCUCGUUGGGAGGUGUGCAAGGAGCAGCAGCAGGAGCAGCAGCAGCGCGGGAGGCAGCUAGGAUGGCAGCCGCGAGGGAUGCGGACGCCAUUCGUGACGCGGCAAUGCGCGAGGCGGCACGAGAGGCAGCUGCGGGAGUGCCGUCGGUACCCGCAAUGUCUUCCGGCGGGGUGGCAGCAACGCGGCAGUCGGGGAGGAAUUACGUGGUUGCCUCCAGCGGCAUGGAUGCUGAGGAGGCCGCACUGCUUGAGGCGGCACUCGGCGAGCCGGCUGCUGUGACACGUCCACUCGCGGCGCCCCCGGCAGGUGCGGUGCGCGAGCCGACCGCUUGGCAGCCGGCGACGCUCGCGGUUGUAGCAGCGCGGGAGGCGGCUGCGCGGGAGGCAGCCACACGGCUGUCACUGAUGCGCCAGGGGCCGGCAGCCGCGGCAGCGACCCGGCAACAGGAAGCGGUCCAGGAGGCGACAGCACGUGAAACUGCGGUGCGGGAGGCAGCACAGGAGGCAACAGCCGCCCGAGAAGCGGCACGUGCAGCCGUGCAAGAGGUGGCUGCGGUGCGGGAGGCUGCAGCUCGAGAUGCGGAGCGAGAGGCGGAACGCAUCGCUGCCGCGCUGGAAGCGGCGCGAGGGGCAGCACGUGAAGCGGCGCUUGAAGCAGCUCGAGAGGCGGCACGGGAGAUCCUUCGGGAGGCGUCGCUGGGGGGAAAAGCGGUGGGUGAGGCUUCGCAGGGCACGUCAUCAUUGGUGAUGACGUUGCAGGAAACUCGUUUUGCGGCUCAGGAGGCAGCAAGGGACGCGGCUGCUCGGGAGGCUGCAUGGGAGGCCGCUCGGGAGGCUUCAAGGGAGGCCGCUGCUGCCCGUGACCUGGCCGCACGCGAGCGCGAGGCUGCAGCAAGAGAGGCGGCCGCGCGGGAAGCUGCGGUGCGGGAGGCCGCAGCGCAGGCGGCUAUUGCACAAGCAGCAAGGGAGGCUGCCAGGGAGGCAACAGCGAGGGAGGUGGCUGCGCGGGAAGCGGCGGCGCGAGAGGCGGCAGCAAGGGAGGCAGCCGGCCGGGAAGCAGCCGCGCAGUCUGCCAUUGCACAAGCCGCACGCGAGGCUGCGAAAGAGGCGGCUGCAAGGGAAACAGCGGCACGGGAGGCAGUUGCCCAGGCGACGGUUCUACACUCUGCGCGGGAGGCGGCGGCUCGUGAAGCGGCGGCACGCGAAGCAGCGGCGCACGCAGCAAGGGAGGCUUCGCGCGAGGCCGCUGCUAGGGAGGCGGCGGCGCGGGAGGCUGCAUCACAUGCGGCGGUCGUCCAAGCAGCGCAGGAAGCGUCACGUGAAGCGGUGAUGAGAGAGGUGGCUGCUCGGGAGGCGGCAGCGCAGGCCGCAAUCACGCAUGCAGCACGGGAGGCUUCCUUUGAGGCGGCGUUGCGUGAGGUCUCCUCCCGUGAGGGGGCAUCACGGGAAGCGGCUUUGCGCGAAGCAGCGUUGCGGGAUGCUGCGUCCCGGGAAGCGGCAGCGGCGCAGGCAGCAGCGAUGCUUCAGUCAGCUCGGGAGGUGGCAUCACGUGAGACGUCCCUGCGGGGGGCAGCUGUAAGAGAGGCGUCUCUGCGGGAGAUGGUGGUGCGAGAGGUGACGUUACGAGAAGCUGUGACAGGCGAAGCCGCUUCCCGGGAGGCCAUUCUGCGGGAGGCGGCAUCACGUGAAGGAGCGGUGGCGAGGGAGGCAGCAGUCACACAAGCCGCUGCUGCUGCUGCUGCUGCUCAGGUUUCGCGUGAGGCGUCGCUAGAAGCAGCUCUGCGGGAGGCCCUUUCAAGGGAGGCGUCCGCGCGGGAGGCAGCAACCAGGGAGUCCAGCCUUCGGGAUGCAGCCGCGUCCCAAGCCGCCGCCGUCACACUGCAGGUGACGAGAGAGGCUUCACUGGAGGCGCUGCUGAGGGAGUCUGCGUCGCGUGAGGCCUCUGCACGAGAAUCCGCACGAGCUCGAGAGGCGGCGGCACAGGAGGCAGCGACGCGGGAAGCAGCCCGGGAGGCUGCCCUUCAGGAGGCUGCAGCACGCGAAUCAGCGUUUCGUGAGUUUACAGCGCGGGAGGUAGCUGCGUUGCGGGAAGUUGCAGCGAGGGAGGCGGCGUUGCGGGAAGCAGCGGCUCGGGAGGCGGCUUUACGUGAGGCUGCUUCCUUGCGGGAGGCAGCAGCACGGGCAGGCAGCAGCUCCCCCUUCCGUGAAGCAGGCGCGCAGAUGGCUGUUGCCGCCCAGGCGUCCACUCGUGAGGAGGCGCUGCUGCUAGGGUUGUCGUCUAAGCGAGAAGCCUCGACACGCGAGGCAGCAGCAGCAGCGUUGCGCGAAGCAGUAGGAGUCGCGCAGGGGGGACCCAAUACCCCACAUGAGACCGCUCAAAGGGGGGCAACGGCGUCCCGCGAAGCGACGAGACCGGGGCCCCUGGGCCGUGUAGCAUCCACAUCCAGUGAAGGAGCAGCAGCGGCUUUCCUGCAUGAAGCAGCCUCCUCCCCUCUAGCUGUUGUUCAGGCGGCCCGGGAGGCUUUACGUGAGGUGGCUUUGUUGGAGGCUGUGACUCGCCCGGUGGCAGCAAGGCCGGAGGCGGUCGCACAAGCAGCACGCAUUGCGGCACGUCAGGUGGCGAUUCGCGAGGCAGCGAACCGUGAGGCGCCCGCCCAGGCUGCUGCCGCUAGAGAGGGGGCCGCGGCAGCACGCAAUGCGACCACGCAGACGCCGCGUGGAGAGGCGGCCGCGGCCACAACGCAGGCGGAUAUCGUGCAGGCGGUGCGGACAGCGUUACGUGAGGUUGCGACGUCGCCGGAACUGUCCGCGGCGGCACGGGAGGAGCAGUUCCCCGAUCUAACACUGCAGGCAGGACGUGGCGGGAGUGUUUGGGAUGCCGCCCGGCUGGCGUCCGUUCCCAGCCCCCCAGGCAGGCGGUACCAGCAGGCGGGGUUCAGCAGUAAAGGUAUUAUUCGCGACAGCGACAUGGCAUCAGCAUCCCAGCUGCCGGCAGCAGCGGCGGCUAGGGUUGAAACGUCGCCAUGCCGGCAGGUUGGAGCCGUCGCGCAGCUGGCGCCAUCGUCAUCACGCAGGGCCCCUGUCUCGCCUCCCAUGUCUCCCAGACCCAUGGGUCUCCCCCAGGCAGCAGCCUCCUUCCCUCCGGUACGGCGCUUGGAUGUCCAGCAAGCGCCGGCAAGCAGCCGUUGGGACACACCCUCCACCACGGUGGAUGGCGACUUGCAUGGGGCACCCGCACCCAUGCACGUCCCCUCGCAGCAUGCAGCGGCCCAGUACGGCACCGCAUCACCACACUCCACGUCACGACAUGCCGUACGUGCCGUACCGCAGCAGCCCGCGUCGAGCCUACCAGGAGCAGGCAAUAGCCUCCUGGACAACCCCAUGAUGUACGGCGCUCCAGGUGGCGGCAUGUGGGCCUCCCAGCAAGCCCAGAUGCCUCCCCAAGGCUCCUUCGCUUCCCAUGCCGGCGGUGCCUCUGGCAAUGCCGGCUUGGGGGGUUUGUACGACAGAGGACUUGUGGAUGUGGCUGCAAGUGGUGUGGAGUUUAGCGUCGAUAGCUACCACACCCUCCCCGCUCCCAACAGCAGCUACGUCGUCGUCAACAAUGACAGCGGUCCUAAAGACGGCUCCAGGGGUGAUGGCGCUUUUCCCGCUAACAACGGUGCGUUUGGCGGACGUUGGAACCCUGCUGGCAAUGGUGACAGCGGCAACCGUGGGAACCCACAAGAGGGCGGCGGGUACGACAAUACCGGUAACUUCCCAGCUGGGGACGGUUACCCCAACGGCCGUGGUGGUUACGGAGCUGGGGCCGGAGGCUUCAACGGCAACGCUGGCGGCGGCAGCCCGGGGCGAGGCGCCUUCUCGCCUGACCGCCGUCCGGGAUCUGGAUUUAACAAUCGGGCAGGCGCAGGCAGCCCGGGCAGUCCUGGGGGCUUUACCGUGAGCGGCUUUUCCAUGGACGUGCAUGGGACUCCCCAGCGCAGCCUGGUGACCCGUGGGUCAUCCCGCAUCAAUGAAGCCAUGCUUGCUGAGCUGCAUGUGCCUGUGCUGCAUGAGGAGGCGGAGGCCUACUUGGACUUUAGCCGCAUGGCUCGGGCCUUCCGGCGGUGGCGCAAGAACACUGCCGUACGGCGAGACUUCAGGAACAACCGCGACCAUGCGUUGCGCAACUGGGCCGUGGCGACGUCCUUCUGGGGUGUUCAGCUGCUGCGGCGCUGCGUGAGACGCUGGCGUGCGCUCAGCACGCGCAAGAGCCUACGGGCGCUGGCGAUAUGGUGUGGCAACAGCCGCGCGGGGUGCAUGAGGCGCUGGCUGGGCUACGUUCGCUAUCUGAAGUCCAUGUCGCAGCAGUGCGACCGCGUGUGGCGCAGCCGACUGCUGCGGCGCUGCUGGCGGCGGUGGCGCCAGUACACAUGCGCACACAUACGCAAGGCACAAGCUGUCAACAAGGCCCUGGGCUUCAGGCGGCUCACGUUGUUGAGGCAGCACUGGCAGCACUGGCGGGAGUACGUACUUGACCAGCGGCGAAUGACGUUGGUGCUGGCAAAGGCCCUUAACUUCUGGAUCGGUCGUUCCCUGCUGGACUGCUGGCUUCAGUGGCGCGCUUGCGUGCUUCACAGGCGGCACAAGGUGUUGACGGCGGACAGGGCCUCCAGGUGGCGGGUGGGCCGCACGCUGCGGCGCUGCUGGCGGCUCUGGCGGCAGUUCACAAUCCAACGACAGCUCAAGGCCCUGGCAGCCAGCAAGGCCCUGGUGUACUGGUCCUCCCGCACGCUGCGCAAAUGCUGGUGGCUGUGGCGCCACUUCGCACGAGACCAGCAGCAGCAGGACCUAGCGGCAGCCCGGGCAUCUGCGUUCUGGGAGCGGCGCCUGCAGCGCAGCUGCUUCCACCAGUGGCGCCUGCUCACUGAGGCGGCCUACAGCGCAUGCGAGGAGGCGGGGCGGCACUUCAGGCGGUGCAUCCUGCUCCGCUGGCGCCUCGUAACCCGCCAGUUGGCCGUGCUGUCAGCAACCCACCAGGCCAUCGCCCAUGCGGACCAGAGGCGGUUGUUGCUCGACAGCAUGCAGGCGCUGGUGGGUGUGCUGUCUGCCCGCCGUGCUUCCGAGAGCCUCCUUCGCGCCGUGUUGGGCCGCAUGCGCAACUCGCUGCUCUCCCGCGCCUUCCACAAGUGGGCGGAGGCGGGGCAGCGAGGGCGACUGAAGCGGGAGCUGAUCGGCAUGGCGCUGGAGUGGUGGCGGGACAGGUGCCUGGCCAAGUCGUGGAGUGCCUGGUGCGAGGCAGUGCUGUCUGCUCGCCAAGCCUGGCAGGCUGCUCGGGAACACGCGCAGCGGAUUCUCCGGCCGCUGCUGCGGCAUGCGCUCAACGCCUGGCUGGUUUGGUACGACUCCAAGCUGGCUGCCAGGGCUCGUAUCGAGGGGGCUCGACAGCAGCUGCAGCGGCGCGAGGCUGCGCGGGUGCUCCAUGCAUGGCGCUGCCUGGUGCUGCAGCGGCAGAGCCUCCUGGCAGCAUGCAAGCAGAUCCAGAGGAACGAGGAGGCGCGGCUGCUGUGUGAGUCCCUGCUGGCCUGGCACCGCCAACACACCAACAUGCGGAGGGCGCGUGAGGUGCACCGGGCAGUGCAGCGGGGGGCCGUGGGGCGCUGCUUCCGCUGCUGGAAGGCCGUGGGGGAGGUCCGCCGGUCUCACGCCCAGUGGUGCGCCCACCGACUGCACCUGGCAGCGGCGCAGCGCACCCGGCGGGCGCUGCUGGCGUGGCAGCUGGUGGCGGCUAUCCGGGCGGAUCGGGAGAAGCUGGUGCAGGCCAGCCUCUACACGCGUCGCCGACGCCUUGUGUGCUCCGUCCUGCGCGCGUGGAACGAGCGGGUGAUGAGCUGCGUGGGCAAGCGCAUGCAGCUGCUGUCGGCGCUGAUGCACAGGGAACAGGCCUUGAAGUCCUGCGCAUGGCGCACCUGGGCAGCUCGUCUCGCCGCCUCCCGCGCCAAGGCCAGCAGCUUCGCAGCAGCCGCCCGCCACUACCGCACCCGCCGACUGGCACUGUGUUUCGGCACGCUGCUGUCGAGCUGGAGGGACUACCGCAGCCGGCUGGCGCGGGCGCUGAGCUACGUGGCCAUUCGGAGCGACCUGCGGAAGGCGGAGGUGCUGCAUGAGUGGCGGGCGCUGCUGGGGUGGCUGCGCUGGAAGAAUGACAUGCACCGCAGGGCUCGCAACCACUACCGCCGGCGGUUGCUGGCCAGUGCGCUGUACGGCUGGUUCUACCUCACGCAGCACCUGUUGGACGGCAGGCGGGCGGAGGAGGUGGCGGGCGCGCACUGGGGGCGCAGGCAGCGGCUCGCGGUGCUGGCGGGGUGGCGGACAUGGGCUGCAUGGAGGCGGGGGCUGAGGGAGCGGGGCGAGGGGUGUGCGCGGGCGCGGGCGAGGCGCGUCAAGGAGUGGGGGUUGCUGGCGUUCAGGGCCAAUGUGGUCCGCAAAGCACGCAUCGCGGGUGCGGAGGCGCACCGCCUGCGCUACCUGGCCCGCCUGGCGCUGUCAGGGUGGCUGCUGCGGACGCUGCUGGCUGCGGACUGGCUGCAGGCGCUGCGGGGCGUCGCCAAGCAGCUCCUGCUACAGCUGGCGUCCGACGCAUGGGCCGCCUGGCACGAGGUGCUCGCCCACCGUCGCCACAAGCGCCGCAUGCUGCAUGCAGCGCUGCGCUACUGGCGCCUCAGCCGCCUGCGAGCCGCGUUGGACUGCCUGAGGUGGGCUGUGGUGCGGACGCAGCUGAAGAGCGCGGCUGCGUUGAGGGGCCGCAGGAGCACCGCGGGGCGGGCGUUGAGGGCGUGGCUGCACGAGGUGUAUGUGCGGCAGCACCUCCGCUACCGCUACUCACUGCUGGUGGAGGCCACGGAGAGAGCGACGCUACGUCGAGGCCUGGCCGGCUGGCGUGCCUUCCUGGAGUACCGCGCAGCUCGGCGCCAUGUGCAGCUGCUAGCGGCGCACCACCACCUGCGCGCCCUCGCACGCAGGGGGCUGCGCGCCUGGAGGGAGCACCUGGGCCACCUGCAGCGGGCGGAGGAGCACAUCCAGCAUGUCAUUCUCCGCCGCCAGCACCAGCGUGACGCCCGGGCGGUGCUGGAGGGCCUGCGCCGCCACGUGGCCCACCGCCACGCCAAGCGAGCUGCGGAGGCGCACUGGGGGCGAGCUGCCGCGCUGCGCACCUUGCGAGUGUGGAGGAGCUACCUGAAGCUGAGCCGGGCGGUGGGGUUCUGGAGGAGCUACAGGCUGCACGGUUGUCUUGCGGCCUGGUGCCAGCACGUGCAGCGGGCCAGGGGUCUGCGGGAAGCCGGGGCCCUCUUGGCGGCCUGCUGGGGCAGGCUGCAGGCGGCGGCUGUGGUGGGCGAGUGGCGGGGCUUCGCCGACCGAUCGCGGCAGCUCAAAACGAUCGCCCUCCAUCUGUCCUCCCGCACCCGCCGCACCCUCCUCACCGCCAUCCUACGAUCCUGGCACUCCCACGCCGCCCUCCGCGCCCGCCACACCGCCCUCCUCACCACCCACCUCGCCCGCAAACACACCGCCCUGCUUCACGCCAGCCUGCUUGCAUGGCGUCUGGCGGCUGGCCGGCUGCGCUCCCUCACCCGGAUCUCCGCCCUCAUCCGCACCCGCAACCAGAGCUCCAACCUGCGCUCGGUCCUAGCCUCCUGGCACACCCAUGCGACCUACACGGCACGUCUGAAGGCCGCCUCCGCGCACCUAUCCGACCGCCGCCGCAGCUGCUUGUUGGGUGGAAUGCUGGUCGCAUGGCGGUCGUGGGCCUCCCACACCGCAGCCCUGCGGUCCGCUUCCACCCAGCUGUCAACCCGGGUUCGACAGCACACCCUGGGGGCUGUCUUCCCCUCCUGGCAGGCCUACGCAACCCGUCGAGCGCACCUCCGAGCGGUUUCGGAGCGGCUCUCCAGCCGGGUCCGCAGGGACAUGGUUUCGGAGGCGCUUGGCGGCUGGCGUUGGUUUGCGGGGCGGGCGAGGAGGCUGCGGGCUGCUGAGGCGGAGGUGUCGGGCCGGCGGCGGAGGGAGGUGUUGGAGGGGGUGUGGGCUACAUGGCGGAGCUUCGCGACACAGCUGCUGGCGCUGCAGGGGCUGUUGGAACGGGUGCUGGUACGCAGCUGUGCGCUGGCCUUUUUUGGAUGGAGGGAGGUGGUUGCGGAGUCCAAGCAGCUGCGGGCGGCGGAAGCGAGCAUCAAGGAACGCGUCGCGCAGAAGCCUGAAUUGGGCGAGACAGCGACCUACGCCGUCACAAGGCUCCGCCACUGGCCGCUGUCCCUGGCCUUCUACACCUGGUACGACAGCGCCCGGGAGCGCCGCUACCUGCGCACCAAGACCGCGCAGGCGGUCUACUUGUACGCGGGCUGCCUGCUCCACAAGUCCUGGGCCACCUGGCUGGCAUACACGCUGCAGCACCGCCACCUGCGCAGGAAGCUGCUGAGGGCCCGGGCGGCUGCUGCAGCCAACACCGCACGAACCGUGCUGGGCGAGUGGCACUGCUGGGCCCGCUACCGGGGUCAGCUGCGGCGGUGCGGGCGGCAGGUGCAGCAGCGGGUGAGCUGCAGGCGGCAGCGGGAGGUGCUGGCCGCGUGGAGGAGUACGACGCUGCUGUGGAUGCGGCUGAAGGGCGUCCUGGCGCGGGUUCUGGACCGGCAGAUGUGGGAGGCGUGGGGCGCCUGGUGGGAGGCGGUGCUGGAGGCAAGGGAGCGGGAAAAGGCCGUCCAAGCCCUCUCCUCCCGCUGGCUCCUCCGCGACCUGUCCGCCUGCUUCGCCGCCUGGUUCCUCACAGCCGCCCGCCGCACCGCCGCACGCCGCCUGGCCUCACGCGCCAUGCACCGCAGCCUGCAGUCCGCAUGGCAGACCUGGCAGGCGGAGGUGUGGGGGGCGGCGGUGGAGCGGGGGGCGGCGGUGCAUGCGGAGAGGCUGCUGCGGCGGUGCUGGGGCGGGUGGUGGUGGGAGGUGGAGCAGGGGCGGAGGGCGGCGGCGGUGGUGGAGGGGCUGCGGCAGCGGUGCAUGGUGCAGGCUCUGGAGGAGCUCCGGUUGCAGCGGGUAGCCCGUGUUGCCUGCCGGCGCCUCUACGCCCGCCGCGCGCUCCUAGGCUGGGCGGGGCGGGCCGCGGAGCUGCGGGCCACGCGGGCGGCGCUGUGGCGGGCGGGGCAGGUGCUGUCGUACGGGCGACUGGUGCGGUGCUUCAGCGCCUGGUGGCGACAUGCGCAGGCCAUGUCCAUCAAGCGCGCCGUGUUCAUCCGCAAGCAGCGCGCGCUGGCGGAGGCGCUGCGGCGGGGCGACCAGCUGGCGGCGCGGCGGGCGGGGCAGCUGGCGGAGCUGGCGUUCAGGGGCUGGAGGAGGAGGGCGGUGCUGUGCCGGCAGGUGGCGGCCCGGGUGCGGGCGCUGCAGGGGCGGCUGCUGGCGGAGGUGUUGGCGGACUGGCGGGGAGUGGCAGCCGUGCGGAGGGCCCGAGCGCGGAAACAGGCCGCCGUGGUUCGCCACCGCCUGCUCUCCCGUCCCCUCCUCGCCUGGCGCACCGCCGUCCUCCGCUCCCGAGCCCACACCGCCGCCCAGACCGCCGCCGCCGCCUCCCACCGCCGCACCACCCUCCUUGACACCGCCCUGACCGCCUGGAUGGAUCACCACGCAGCCGUGGCGCAGCAGCGAACCGGCCUGAGGCGGGCGCUGGCGGUUGGACGAGCCGUCGCGGCGGCGGAGCUCAAGGCGCGUGCAUGGGAGGCUUGGGGCGCAUGUGUGGUUCGGCGAAGGGAGGUGGCGGGGUUGGCGGAGCAGGCGGCGGAGCGACGGCGGUUGAAGGUGCUGGGCGGCGCGUUUGACGUGUGGUUGCAGUACGUGCGGGCGAUGCGGGAGGGCGGGAUCGAUCCGGGGUCGCCCUUCCUGACGCCGCGGCAGCGGGGCAGCGAGCGGCGGCUGGUGACGCGGAUGGCGGCGAUGGCGGGGAAUGAGCAGGCGCUAGAGGAGGCCGAGGAAGGAUCCCCCUUCUUCUCCUCCGCCGCCACCGCCACCGCCACCACUAGCGGGCUGCUGGACGGCCUCUACCCCUCCACCGCUCUGCGACUCGCGCAGGAGCGGCGCAUGGAGGUGGCGGCGUUCCUCUCCGCAGCACGAGGAGGAGCAGGGGGAGCAGCAGGAGGUGUAGCUGGGUCCCGUACUGCUGCCGGUGCUGGUGGUGCUGGUGGUGGUGGUGCGGGUCGCGCCUUCAGCAGCGCCGUACCGAUGGGACGUCACCGCAGUCAGGGAGCAGUGGCUGCGGCUGCGGUAGAGAAGGAGCGGCUGCAAUGGCAGCAGCAGCAGCAGCGGCACAGCUACAGCAUGGGCAGUGGGGGCAGCCCCGGCAGCAGCCCCGGCAGCAGCCCCGGCAGCAGCGGCAGCACGGGGGUGUCAUCAGGGGCGGGGGGGGCGGACCUGGC